AUGAGGUCGGUGUUAAGCUUGUCCAGAACUUUUACAUUAUCCAUGAGGAGUGUUGCGACUGCUUCGUUGAAGCCAAAUUUAGUUUUGCCUGAUAAUUCGUUAUCGAUCGUUGAGAGCGAUGGCGGUCUACAGGCAUUCCCAGCUGUUAUUGAAUUGUUCUCGAUCCGUGGAAAACUUUCUUGGGUGCUUUUCACGUUACAGUACGCUUGUUUCCCCAAACCGAAUCCAUGGAAUGGUCUCACGCGCAUCGUGGCAAUCUUCAACGCUGGCUCCCGCUUCGAAAAGGCCCCCCAUAUUCAUGGCAUUACACAUCUCAUUCGACGCAGUUGUGGUUUGUCUACAACAAACUACACUGCCGUCAACUUAGCCCGUCAUAUUCAGCAGAUGGGUGGGCGUUUACAUUGUCACACUACACGUGAGCAUAUGAUAUACUCCAUGGACGUCGCUCCGAACCUCGCCUCUCGAGCUGGUUUGAUUCUAGCCACAAUGGCUACUCGAACGGCUUUCUUCGACUGGGAACUGAGAGAUCAGGUCUAUAGACUGAUGCAUAAAGAUAUCGAUAUGCUAAAUCGCCGUCGCUUUGAUGCUUUAACUAUAGAACUUCUCCAUGAGGCAGCCUAUGGACAACACCCUGAUGGGGUUGGUCUUGGCAACUCCCUAUUUGCUAACCAUUAUCGAGUCGGCACACACACAAUUGACGAUAUAGAGGCUUUUUUCGAUGCUCACUACACUCCCGUUAAUACUGUCUUCAUCGUUACCGGCUGCAAUCCAAAUGAUGGCGGCCUGCAAAUCUGUGACUCCAUGCAUGACGCUGCUCUGCUUCGGCCCAAUAGGCCUGCUUGCACAACCGUUGCGAAGCACAGCUUCGUUGGAGGAGAAAGACGUCGUGAGAUAACUGGCGCGACCAUCUCAUAUGCAGCUCUGGCAUGGCCCACUCCCGGUGGACACGUGGGUGAAAGCCUCACUUCCCUAGCCCUUUCUGUUUUUGCAGCUGCUUUAACCUCCCCGAAUCACCGCAUAGCUUUCGGAUCAAUGGGAGGCUUUGUGCCUUCUUCAUCAUCUACUGCCACCUCGACUCCCAUUCAUUUCCCCUAUUCAGAUCAUGGCCUUUUCGGAACCUUAGUAACUGGACGUGAUGGAAAGACAGUUGGUGAACAUCUAAGGUUGGCUAGAAGAGUCUAUGCUCAACUGGCUGAGACCGGAAUGAAUGAAGACCAAUUCGUGCGUGCAAAAGCUCUUUUUAAGGCCGAUUUGGCGAUGCGAAUGGAGAAUUUUAUCACCAUGACGGAAGACUUGGCAGUGCAGUUGUUGUGUUGUAAUAAAGGCGGUGGCGGAGAUCAGAAUGUGUCCGGAAUACGAUCGUUAGAAGAUAUUUGCUCUGCAGUUGAUCGACUUUCGCUAUUGGAAGUUAAUAAGGUGUUCAAAGAAACUGUAAAAUCACAGCGGAUGGCAUUAUCGGCGGUUGGAACGGAUAUUGCCUAUGUGGAACCAUUGGAAACGUUGAAAACAUUCUGA